AUGACGCGCAAGAAGUCAGGCGCUGGCCUGGGGAACUCGUUGGCCAACGAUCGCCGGAAGCGCGCCGAGCAGGGCUACAAGGCCAGCGGUGUCCCUGAAGCCCAAGCAAACCGAUCCGUGCUCGAGCAAACCUCGCUGGAUGACUUCAUUGCCAAAGCGGAGCUCGCAAAGGCCGACUUCCAUGCCAUGAGAGGUCAAGCUGUCGAGUGCACAACAGAAAUAAUCUACCGGGCCUCAAUGGACCCUGCUGCCACACGAGAAAAAGAGGCUGAAGCCAAGAAAGUGGUGGUGCCGAUUCCAUGGCGGCCACCCUGGCAGGAGGCCUCCUCUGCAGAAGAACUCGCUGCGGCUGAGGGCCAGGCCUUUCUCGAGUGGAGGCGAGGGCUUGCAAAGCUGGAGGAAGAGGAUUGCAUGGUCCUCACGCCCUACGAACGCAACCUGGACUUCUGGCGGCAGCUCUGGCGCUGUGUUGAGCGAAGCGAUGUCCUCGUCCAGAUCUUGGAUGCCCGAGAUCCGGAGUUCUAUAGAUGUAAAGAUCUUGAACGCUAUAUCGAGCAGUUUCCGAACAAGCGCCACCUCCUCCUCCUCAAUAAGGCAGACUUCCUGACCGCGCAGCAGCGUGAGCAGUGGACGUCCUACUGGACAGACAAAGGUGUCGAGACAAUUUUCUUCUCAGCGUUGCGAGAGCUUCACAAGCAGCAGCGGGUCCCCACCUCAGCAAGGGCCCCAGAGCCAGAGGACGAGGAAGAUGAGGAGGAAGGUGAUGAUCUGGACAGCGACGGGGAGAAGUUCCAGGAUGAGCCACAGCACAUGGAGGAGAGCUCAGGCUCCGUCCGCCUGCCGCCUCACGGCCCUCUCGAUGGAAUGAGCGGCGUAGCGGACUGUGCUCGUCUUUUGGACGAGUUGCAGUCUCGCAUGCCACCUGCGACUGCCUCAAGAAGAGGUGUUGUCGGCUUCGUGGGUUAUCCAAACGUUGGAAAGAGCUCCGUAAUCAAUGCUCUCUUCGGUGCAAAGAAGGUCUCGAUGAGCCGCACUCCUGGCAAGACAAAGCACCUGCAGACACUGGAGCUAAGCGAUUCCAACAUAACUUUGUGCGACUGCCCGGGACUGGUCUUCCCGUCAGUGGUGGCCACCAGGUCCCAUCUGGUCAUUAAUGGAACCGUUCCUCUAGACGAGCUUCGAGAUUUCAUCGACCCCAUCCGGGUCAUCGUGGGCAAGAUUGGCCCCGAGCCUAUCCUGAAGAGGUAUGGUGUGAGCGCCUCGGAGGUCCGGGAUGGGGCGAUUCGCCGCGGCGUGGGUGAGGCCUCGGACGAGAUGGCGCACCAGGUGCUCUGCGGUCUAGCCACGCAUCGGCACCACUUCCUCAGAGUUGGCGUUCCCGAUGAAACCUGGGCAGCGCGGAGGGUGCUCCGCGACUUCUGCACUGGGCAGCUGCUUCACUGCGAGCUUCCGCCGGGCAGCCAGCCAAGUGUUGAGCCCCAGAGUCGCAUUCUCAACGAGGACUCCGAGUCGGACUUCAGUGAUCUCGAUGAGUUCUUGGAGGAAAGUAAGGAGCGGAAGAUGACGAAGCGGAAGAUGCGCUACCUGCAAAAGCAGAUGGCGAAAGGCGGCGUCACCGCCCCACAGGCCCUGGAGAAGAGAAAGCCUGCGCAGUACACCGGAAAGAACAUCCGUGGAAAAACGGUUUUGGGGUGA